UGACUAGAAAUAAUUCCACAAAUCCUUUGACUCACACAGUGGGGGUUUUUUUGUGUGUGUGUUAUUUUAAUUUCUUUUUUCUCACUUAGAUUAGAAACAGAGCAAUCAUGUAUGUGUUAAUGGCUUUCAGGCAUUUGAAGAACAGAGUCCCCCAACUUGCUUCGCCUUCCUCCUUUAAUUUCUCGAGAUUGGUUCAUUCAUUUUCUUUCGCAACCGUAAAAGCCGAAGAACUCUCGGGUUCUCAGCCAGCUGAAGUGUUGAAUUUAGUGCAGGGGAAUUGGAUAGGAUCUUCAAAUCGGAAUACGAUCCCGGAUCCUUUAAAUGGCGAAUCGUUUAUUAGGGUUUCUGAAGUAGAUGAAAAGGGAAUACAGCCGUUCGUCGAGAGUUUAUCCAAAUGCCCCAAACAUGGUUUACACAACCCAUUUAAAUCACCAGAAAGAUACCUCAUGCUUGGAGAUGUAUCGAUAAAAGCUGCUCAAAAGCUUUCCCUACCCGAGGUAUCUGAUUUCUUUGCAAAGUUGAUACAAAGGGUUUCUCCGAAGAGUUACGAGCAGGCGCUCGGUGAAGUUUUUGUCACGGGAAAAUUUCUAGAGAAUUUCUGUGGUGAUCAAGUUCGAUUUCUGGCUAGGUCAUUUGCGGUACCUGGAAAUCAUUUAGGGCAGCAGAGCAAUGGUUAUAGGUGGCCUUUCGGCCCGGUUACGAUUAUUACGCCUUUCAAUUUUCCGUUAGAGAUUCCGUUGCUUCAAUUGAUGGGUGCACUUUAUAUGGGAAACAAGCCACUUCUUAAAGUAGACAGCAAGGUUUCAUUGGUUAUGGAACAAAUGCUUCGGUUACUCCACGAGUGUGGGUUGCCUGCGGAAGAUGUUGAUUUUAUAAAUUCGGAUGGGAAAACUAUGAACAAGCUUCUGUUGGAGGCGGAACCACGCAUGACUCUCUUCACUGGCAGUUCGAAAGUUGCAGAAAAAUUAGCUCUUGAUCUCAAAGGCCGUAUCAAACUGGAAGAUGCUGGUUUUGACUGGAAGAUUCUCGGGCCUGAUGUUCAAAAUGAGGAUUAUGUCGCAUGGGUUUGUGAUCAAGAUGCAUAUGCAUGCAGUGGUCAAAAGUGCUCGGCUCAAUCGAUAUUGUUCAUGCAUGAGAACUGGAGUAAAAGUUCUUUCAUUGAAAAGUUGACUGGACUUGCUUCUAGAAGGAAGCUCGAUGACCUGACUGUGGGCCCCGUUCUUACUGUUACAACUAAAGAAAUGCUGGAUCACAUGAAAAAAUUGCUCGAGAUAAAAGGAUCGAAGCUUCUAUUCGGCGGUGAAGCUUUAGAAAAUCAUUCGAUUCCCGCAAUAUAUGGUGCCAUUAAACCUACUGCUGUAUUUAUUCCGCUCGAAGAAAUAUUGAACGAGAAUAAUUAUGAUCUGGUAACAAAAGAAAUAUUUGGUCCGUUCCAGGUUGUCACGGAAUACAAGCAGAACGAGCUUCAGUUAGUGCUGAAUGUGCUUGAAAAAAUGCACGCGCAUUUAACUGCUGCCGUAGUUUCAAAUGAUCCAUUAUUCCUACAAGAGGUUAUCGGGAAUUCAGUCAACGGAACUACUUAUGCUGGAUUAAGAGCGAGAACAACCGGGGCUCCACAGAAUCACUGGUUCGGGCCGGCCGGAGAUCCGAGAGGAGCGGGAAUCGGGACUCCAGAAGCAAUAAAGCUAGUUUGGUCAUGCCAUAGAGAGGUCAUUUAUGACAUUGGUCCAGUGCCACAAAACUGGCAAACUCCAAAACCAACUUAAAAUAACACCAGAAGUGAUUAUUAUGUGUAACUUAAUUAUAUAAAUGGGAAUUAAUUGCAUACAUUUUUUUUUAUAAAGAAAUCAAUAAGUUUGUUUUUUAAUUUUUUGGUAUUAAUUUAUUAGCUAAGCGGUAAUAGGUGACGAUGUCUUCAUCGAAUUGAUUUUUACUCGGGCAUAAAUACGUAACUGAUCAUUGUAUGCUACGUUUGGUGAAAUUUCGUAGGGAUAAACUUUUAAAAAA